UGUAGCAUAAGUGGGCCUUAUAACUUGCCAGGAUGUCCAGUGUGCAGCUUUACAAGCUGCCAGCCUUCGUUAUUACGUGGCAUCUGAUCGCGUUCGGCCAGUACGGUUACGCGAUCUAUUACGAUCGCUUUUUCGUCCACAUCCCGGAUGAUCUUGUCGUGCCGAAGAUGAUGCGACCGACCGAAUACGGUGGGCGAUCCAAGUUCCUGACGUACUGGUGUUUGAUACUACAGGCGGUUUACUUUACGAUCUGUCUGCUAAAUGAUUUCGUCGGCACAAAUGAAGUAGCUCCGAAGCGGAUGCCUCUUAUCCGAAAGGUAAAAGAUUACAUGCUGGCCGCUUUCGCUUUCCCGGUGGCGCUGAAUGUUGGCGUUACGUUUUGGACGCUGAUGGCAAUCGAUCGUGAGCUCGUAUUCCCCAAGGCGCUAGAUGCCGUUUUCCCAGGCUGGCUAAACCAUGUGAUGCACACCAAUAUCGUCAUUUUCAUGGUGAUAGAAAUUUGCACCAGCUUCCGGCAGUACCCGACACGUAAAGCCGGUUUAACCGGUCUGGGCAUUUUCAUGGCAUCGUACCUUGGGUGGUUGCACGUUGUGCGACACUAUGGCGGCAUCUGGGUCUACCCGGUGCUGGAAGUACUGAACCUACCGCAGCGUCUCGUAUUCUUUGCCGUCAGUCUAGGUUUUUGCGUAGGUUUGUACCUGCUCGGAGAGUUCUUUAACAAUCUGAUCUGGACGAAGGAGCUCAAACAGCUUCGGACGGCCACUGCCGGCGGUGCUAGUAAGAAGACCAAAUAGACGAUCCAAAUCGUCAGAUUAGUUCGUUUUACAUUUGUACCAGUUUUGGACCAUUGCAUGCUGUUGUGGCCGCUGGGUUAGGAAAAGAAUCCUUCCCAUGUGUUAAUUGUCCCCAAGCCUCAUUAUUUGGGGUUUACAUUUUGUUUUUAAUUAAUACAACAUCGCGUGUUCGUUUCAUCCCGUUGUGAGUGUUCCUUUUUUGUGUUUGCUUUAAGUACAUCCGUUAACCGAAUGGUACAAAUGGCCAUGUACGUACAUACCAUGCUUCAUACUGUAUUUUUACAAAACCAGGACCCAAAAACGGGAGCUUUUUUUCCCCGUUGAGUUUACUAACAUUUUCAUUGUAAGACUCUACAAAAAUUGUUUCAUUGGGCUGCAUAAGAAUGUUGCGGUUAGUCUCGAAGGUGAUUUGCAUGACGUUUUUUUUGUGUGUGAGGUGUGUGAUAUUUUGAUUGUCGUUAGGUCUUGCAGUGCAAUUAAGUAAAAAAACAAAAUGAUUUAACACAAUUUCCAUUUCUCUUUUUCGCCACAAAAUAUCGCCCAUUGUAUUAUGCACACAUUCCCGCUAUCAAAGUGUCUCAACCGAAGGUAGAUGAUGAACUAUCGACAAAGCUCCAUGCGAUGAAUAUUGUGUAAUGCAGGAAAGAGAGACAAAGUUUCUUUUUGGAGCAUCGCUUAGCUUCAAUAUAUAUAAAUAUAGCAAAUAAGCAAACAUAGGCAUAUGCAUUUACAUCUAAUAUAAUUAUGUUUAAUUCACAAGCUAACGUUUGGGAGAUUCAAACAAACACAGACCAGUGCAACGGUGUCAGAUUUUUGUUUAGGACAUAGAGCAUCAGAGUUUGGUGGGUUAGGCAGCAUAUUUCAUCGGUAUAAAGUAAAUCAUUGUUGUUAACGUAUUUUGCAGCUCGCAUUAUUGAUGUUUUUAGCGUAAAGUAUAACCGAAGGUGGGCGGCAUUGUGUACACAUUUAAUCUGUAUGGCGAUUGUACACGCAUUUAACCACAAAAUUCACGUAAAACAUUGAGAGCGAGGGCCAGUUUUAAGCUCGAAAACACAUUUUUUGACAAAUUUAGAUGUGAAUAAAUUUUGCCACUUGUUUGUAUGUGUGUGUGUAUUUAUGUGCAAAGCGACACCAAUAGGGAACAGAAAUACUUACAAAAUUUGGCAAUUAUAGUCAUCGAUACUUCCAGUUUCUGUACUAUUUAAGCACUUUGGACCGAAUUUGAGCGUGAUGUCAUAAUACAAUAGAGAGAAAAUAGUCGAGUGUAAGCAUUAUUAACGCAAUCGUCAGUAUAUAGCUGAAAAUUAUAGGGUCGCCAAAGUUUUUCAAUCACCACAGAAAAUUCAACAAGGACUCUAUCAUUUUUGGGAAGUCCUUCCAUGGAGUACUCUCCUGUUCAUUACUGUGUAGUACCAAUUUAGAUGUUGCGUGUGCGUGCGUCACGAUAGGCGUGGAACUUGUUCAUCGCAUCCACAUGGUCCGUAGUUAGAAAAAAGGGUUAGAAUAUGAAAUGACAAAUAUUCAAUUUUUAAUCUACAAACAGCUCGAACGCUGUACUCGAACUAGCAAAAAACACGAGUUUAGCGGUGGACGGGUGUACGGUGUCACUCUUUACGAGAUUCAUUCGACUUGCUUAUAAUAUAAAUGAAAAUAAAAGCUAUAA